AUGGCAAAUCCGGGUGUUAAGAGAUCGACCAAAGAGUGGGAUAAACAUUGUCUGGAGCAGCGUCUUUCAGUACUGGAAGAGAAGCAUAGGGGGCUGAAGAGGGUGGUCCUCGAUAUGGCACCAGUUGAAAAGGUGAAGGUGAAGGAGCCCAGGUCGCAGAAAAGGGAUAAGAGAGACGCCAACGACUGCAUCUGUCCACCAGCCAUUACACCUAAUGGUCCAAUGACGAGUAUUGAUAACACUCGUUCACAACGUGACCAGGCUCACAAAUCGGCCUUUAUCCAAUUCAAUACGCGGAUCGUAGAUGCUGCGGCUGGGCCGUGCGAAGGGAAGGCUAUCGACCUCGGGCGGAUAUUAAAAAUGGACCUU